AUGUCAGAAAUCUUGUCAAGAGCAUGGAGUGUUUCACACCGAGUGGAGAUAUGGCUCCUGAUCCUGCUGGCUUAUUUACUCCAAAGAAAUGUGAACUCGGGACAUAUGCCAACAAAAGCUGCGGACCCGGAAGCGUUCAUGAAUGUUAGCGAAAUCAUCAAACACAAGGGUUAUCCCAGUGAGGAAUAUGAAGUUGCAACUGAAGAUGGAUACAUCCUUUCUGUGAACAGAAUCCCUCAAGGACUGACUCAAUUAAAAAAGGAAGGGUCCAGGCCAGUGGUACUACUGCAGCAUGGCCUUCUUGGGGAUGCUAGCAACUGGAUUUCCAACCUGCCCAACAACAGCCUGGGCUUCAUUCUGGCUGACGCUGGCUUUGAUGUGUGGAUGGGAAACAGCAGAGGAAAUACCUGGUCUCGGAAACACAAGACUCUCUCCAUAGACCAAGAUGAGUUCUGGGCUUUCAGUUAUGAUGAAAUGGCUAGGUUUGACCUUCCCGCUGUGAUAAACUUUAUCUUACAGAAAACAGGCCAGAAAAAGAUCUAUUAUGUCGGCUAUUCACAGGGCACCACCAUGGGCUUUAUUGCAUUUUCCACGAUGCCAGAGCUAGCUCAUAAAAUAAAAAUGUAUUUUGCCUUAGCCCCUAUAGCCACUGUUAAAUAUGCAAGAAGUCCUGGUACCAAAUUUUUGCUGCUGCCAGAUAUGAUGAUAAAGGGGUUGUUUGGCAGACAGGAAUUUUUAUAUCAGACUAGAUUUUUCAGACAGCUUUUCAUUUACCUUUGUGGCCAGAUGAUUCUUGACCAGAUCUGCAGCAACAUCAUAUUACUUCUGGGGGGAUUUAACACGAACAACAUGAACAUGAGCCGAGCAAACGUGUAUGUCGCCCACACACCUGCCGGAACAUCUGUACAGAAUAUUCUCCACUGGAGCCAGGCAGUGAAUUCUGGUGAACUUCGUGCCUUUGACUGGGGAAGUGAGACCAAAAACCUGGAGAAAUGCAAUCAACCAACUCCUAUAAGGUACAAAGUCCGUGAUAUGACGGUGCCCACAGCAAUGUGGACUGGAGGUCAAGACUGGCUUUCAAAUCCAGAUGAUGUAAAGACCCUGCUUUCUGAAGUGAGCAACCUCAUCUACCACAAGAACAUCCCUGAGUGGGCUCACGUGGAUUUCAUCUGGGGUCUGGAUGCCCCUCACCGAGUGUACAAUGAAAUCAUACACCUGAUGAAGCUGGAGCCCAACCUUUCCCAGGGAACCUGCAAGGUCACAUUGUGA